AGAAGAGGUAUGGCUCUUUGUUUGUUGUCAUCAGAUGAGAGAGAAACAAAACAAAGAGACAAUCACUGAAUCACUCUCACUCACUCUGCAUGCUGUGUGCGUGACUCUGUCAUUGUGUUUUGUGUUUUAAGCACUUUGCAGUUUAGUUUCUGAGGAGCGUUUUUUUUUUUUUCUUUCUUAUGAGUGUGUGUCUGUUCUUAGUUGCUGUUAUUGUUGUUCAAGUUUCGGUUACUACUACUACUACCACAUGUCCAUGCCCCUUCAAUUUCUGUUCAACUUUGUGACUUUUUGUUUGGUUUCUAAGGAAAAAGAUUGCAACUUGUUUCUGGGUCUAGUUUGCUUUUGGUUGGGUUUGUUAGUCACCGCUGGCAACUCGGAAUAGUGGGUUUUUUUUUGGAGGGUGUUUUUUUUCUUCUUUUGGAGGUUCAAAUUCUUGUUCUGAUUCGUUUGAAGGUGGGAAAUUUAUGGGUGCUGAGAGGAGGAAAAAGAUGGGAUUUGGUGGAAUAAAUGUAAAACUAUUCGGCGACAACAUGUCUGCUUGCUUUUUUGGGACGGCUUUCUUGUGAAGAUUUUGGGUUUAAAAGGUUGAGGAAGAUGCUUAUGCCUUAUGCUUAUGCUUGCAACUUUUUUUUUAAAACCCAUUUUAGCAUCAAGUAUAAAAGUUUCUUCUUGGUCUUGUUUCCAAGUGUUUGAGGUGAUGGGGGUUUUGAGCAUGUGAGUGAUUCAUGCCUCAUUUUGGAGCUUCUGAGAUUGGUUUCUGGUUGUGGCUUUGUUUGUUUUGCGUUGUGCUUUCAUGUUUAGGAAAAGGCACACCCUUUCUUCUCUUGCAAGGGAAUUGUUGGCAUUUCAGCCACUUUUUCUUCUCUUCUUGUUCAGCUUGCACCACAACACUAUGCAGUGUCAAGGAAGGUUGAGUAAACAUGUUUCUUCUGAGCCUCCCUCACCUUCUAGGUCAACACCAUCACCACCAUCUUCAUCAGGAUACAAGGAUGACCCUAGGAAGAUAAUUUUGAGCAUGGUUUUAGGAGCAGUCACUGGACUAGUUUCUUCUGCUCUCUUUGCACUUGUGGUUCGUUGUGUUGUUCAGUAUCUGAACCGCACACCAAUCCUCAAGGGACCUGUCAUAUUCUCCCCCAAAAUUGCCCCCAUGACACUCCAAUCAGCUUUGGCAAAGGAAAACCACUUGCUCGGUUCGAGUCCUAAUGGGAAGUACUACAAAACUGUGCUUGACAAUGGACUCACUAUUGCAGUCAAAAGGCUAACACCCUUUGAGAGUAAUUCCCCGGAGGCUAAGAGAAAAUCAGUGAAGAGGCAGAUACAAACUGAGCUUGAGCUUCUUGCAAGCCUUAGGCAUAGGAACUUGAUGAGUUUAAGGGCCUAUGUUCGUGAGCCUGAUGGGUUCUCAUUGGUUUAUGAUUAUGUUUCCACUGGGAGUCUUGCUGAUGUGUUGAGUAAAGUGAGGGAGAAUGAGUUGCCCUUUGGUUGGGAAGUUAGGCUCAGGAUUGCUGUUGGUGUGGUGAAGGGUCUUCAGUAUCUUCAUUUCACUUGUGUGCCUCAGAUUCUGCACUACAACUUGAAGCCCACAAAUGUGAUGUUGGAUGCUGAGUUUGAACCUAGAUUGGCAGAUUAUGGGUUGGCUAAACUUCUACCCAAUUUGGAUGGAGGAAGUUCUCUCUACACUCCUCCUGAAUGUUUCCAUAAUUGCAGGUACACUGACAAAAGUGACAUCUUUAGUUUUGGCAUGAUACUAGGUGUUUUGUUAACUGGUAAGGAUCCUACAGAUCCAUUCUUUGGAGAAGCAGCCAGUGGGGGAAGUUUGGGAUGUUGGCUGAGACACUUGCAGCAAGCGGGCGAGGCGCACGAAGCUCUAGAUAAGAGCAUGUUAGGGGAAGAAGGUGAGGAAGAUGAGAUGCUAAUGGCGGUUAGGAUUGCUGCUGCAUGCCUCUCUGAUAUGCCUGCAGAUAGGCCUUCUAGUGAUGAGCUUGUUCACAUGCUAACGCAACUGCACAGUUUUUGAACCAAACCUUGAUUCUUCUGUUUCUAGAGAUUUUUUUUCCCCUUCUCUUAUCCCCUUUUCUGUAAUAAGAUGAUAGGGGUAUUUGAUUGGUGGCCAUGAUUCUGGUGUAAUUGAUUGUUUUCCGUGAUCUUGGUUUUCAUGGUGUGGUUUCAAAUAUUCCAUUUUCUCUUUCUCUAUUGUCUUCCCUUUUCUUUUGGCUGGUUUUGCAGGUUGUGGUUGGUUUAGAUCACACUAGUAUAUUAUGUUUGUAAAUGACUAGUCAUGUUAACAAGAGUUUUCUUUUCUUGCCCAGUA